UUCCUUAUCGGAUGCAUCAUCUUUCUCUUCUACUUUUGAAAGGUUUCACCGAAGUUGGCCGUCUUUUCUUGGCAUUAUUUGGUUUGUGGAAACACAUGCAUGGAGCACCAAAUCAUUGAAUAAGUCACUACCAUAUGAACUUUUGACACGACGUAUCUACGAUCAUUUCUGGUAUAUAAGUUUUGGUUGGUGGAUUAAAACAGAUGCUAAAUCUUCAUACCUGAAAACAAAAACUUCCAUGGGCACAUUUGUAGGACAUUUGGUGCCAGGCCUGGCACUGACCCUUCUUGGCCUGUGGCACACCAUCAACAAUAUUAGAGCCUAUUGUCUCAAGGGCUCUACCAAAUUUACAGUAAGGUUCUGGUAUCCUCUCCAUGGCCAUGUUUCUAGAUUCAAACAUUUGGAGCUGAUUUUUAUAUUGGCCUUUUCCCUGUUAGCAAUUUUCAUGCAAAUAUUAGACUUGCCUUUUAUUCGCUAUCCUUUCGAACUCGAUGGCCUUGAGCACGCAAGCAUAUUUUUCCAUGUCCAUCUUGCUAUAUUUGCAGGUUUCACUCUUUCCGUGGAGUUAACUCAGUCCACUGAGAUUCUAUCAGCUUUUUCGGGAAUUAUUGUGGCAUCUGUUUUCAGUCAGGAGCUUUUCUUCCUCCAUUUUCACUCUGCCGAUCAUAUUGGACUUGAAGGCCAUUAUCACUGGCUCUUGCAGCUCAUAGUGCUCAUCUCAAUACUGGCAGCUAUAGCAAUAAUGUUUCUACCAACUAGUUUGCCCGCGGUUCUUGUUCUAUCAGUUUCUGUUGUAUUCCAGGGUUGUUGGUUCAUGAACAUGGGAUUUAUGCUAUGGAGUCCUCAGUUUGUUCCUCGAGGAUGCAUAAUGCAGUUGGCUGAAAGCAGCGGUGACAGCAUGCACAGUGCAGUGACAUGUUUCUCACAUGAAGCAGAUAUAAGGGCCAGAGCAUUGGCCAACUUGCAAUUCAUUUGGAUACUCUCUGGAAUUAUGAUAUUCACAGGAUUCAUCUGCCUAAAUUUUGCUGGAAAAUGCACCCGAGGGCCACAAUCAACCGAAUACGAGCAACUUCAAAUAAGAGGGAGCGAUGUUCCUAUAACAAUGGAUAGCUUGAAGCAAGCUGAUCCCUAA